AUGAAGAGUUUUUACCCCAAAGUUUCUUUUCUUUUAUUGUUUACUCUUAUUUUAACAAGUUGCCUAUUUUCUCAAGCACAAAAGUGUCGUCCAAAUGGUAGAAUCCGAGGAAAGAAAGCUCCAUCAGGACAAUGCAACAAAGAGAAUGACUCUGAUUGUUGUGUCCGAGGGAAAAUGUACACGACAUAUGAGUGUUCACCAUCCGUGUCUACUCAUACUAAGGCUUAUCUAACUCUUAAUAGUUUUGAGAAAGGUGGAGACGGAGGUGGACCUUCAGCAUGUGAUAAUCAGUACCAUUCUGAUGACACUCCUGUUGUUGCACUUUCCACUGGAUGGUUCAAUGACAAGAGCAGGUGUCUGAACAAGAUUACUGUAAGUGGUAAUGGAAAAAGUGUGGUGGCCAUGGUUGUUGAUGAGUGUGACUCUACAAUGGGGUGUGAUGAAGAACAUGAUUACCAACCUCCAUGUCCAAACAACAUUGUGGAUGCUUCCAAGGCUGUGUGGGAAGCUUUAGGUGUUCCUAAAGAACAAUGGGGUGGCCUUGACAUUACAUGGUCAGAUGCUUGAUUGUAGAAGAUGAAAUCUAUGUUAGGGUUUUUGUGCUGUAAUAUUUACUAGUACGUGAUACUGUGUACUUGAAUUCCUCGUCUUAUGUGUAUAUUAUGGAUAUGCUAUGCUGUUACAAGAA